AUGCAAAAAAAAUUUAACUAAUUUGGUAUUGAGAGUAAGGAUAGUACAAUGAAUCUUUUUAGAGUUAGACCUUAAUACCUAACUCAUGUGUCUCCAGUUGCUGUUGAAGCAGCUCAUCAAAAUUUCUUUAGUGGAUCAAAGGAACUUUUGGAUAAAAUACCAGAUCAUGAAAAGGGACCAAGAUAAGAUUUAAAAGGGAAUAUCGUUAAAUACACUGUUGUUGGGAGUGUGUAAUAAUUCUUGGCUGAGAAAUCAAGAAGCUAAUAGCAAAAUAGAAAACCUGUCUAAAUACGAAUUACUGCAAAUUCAUAAGCUACUCCUUCUACCCAAUAACAAAAUGAUCAAACAGAACGAGUAAUUUUCAGCUCCAAAGGUAUUUGUUCUUACAUACUUAGCCAUAGAAUAAUCGAGUAAGGAUAUUUAAUAAAAGAAAACAAAAGUUAAAACUAGAGACUUUUAAGAAGUAAUCUUGAAUGAGGAUCAAGUUUAAGACCACAUUUAUUAAAUAUAACAGAGGAUUGAGAAGAAUAAGAUGGAGGUAUAUAUAAUUUAAUAUAUAACAAUAAAGAAUGAAAAAAAAACUAGAGAAUUGCAAAGUAGAAUGUCAAAAGGAGAAUCUUUAAAAAUGAGCAAAUGUGAAAGAGUGAUUGAAACAUUUGAUUAGGUUUAAUAGGACUGGGACUUGACAAAAAUAAAAAUAGAAUCAAAAGUAUAAAGAUUACCAGGUCAAUCUCUUCUGGAUCGAAUUGAAUAGCAUAGGAUGAAGGAAGAAAUGAAAAGAAUACUUGAUGCUUUGAAACCAAUUGAAGAAAAAUAGGGCAAUGAAUUUUGGGUAUUUUAAUUAAUAAAAAUGAAUAGCGUCUCGGAUUAAGAAAGAAAGACUCGAAUAUAAAACCAAAGACCUUUGUGGAAUUAUUUGAAAAAAAUUAUUAGAUCUAUGGCAAUCCUAAAUCUCCAUAAAUAGAAAUUGUUAGAAGAUCUUCUUUAAGUUAACUUGAUUUUAAGCCAUUUAGCACUUUCACCUCUCAAUCUGCUCUAAAUAAAAAGCUUUCUGAAAAUUCUGAUCUUAUUAUGAAAUUAAUACCAACCGUUCCUGACGAUAUUGGAAAUCUCGAAGUUGUUGGCAAAAAUGUACUUGAAUAAGAGAUUGUUUAAUUACGAUCUCAAUCUCAUAAAAAUUCGUUCCCGUAUGUAAGGUUUAGCAGCAAUUCUAAUUACGAGAAAUACAUCAUGAAAGUUCCAACAAAACCAGAAACAUAAUAAGAUGAAGAAAUUAUUGAGGAAAAUUAUGAUAGAAAGCGUCUAAUGUCUUAAGGAAAGCUCUCUGAAGUCAAGGGGUAUUUCUGA